UGCCAUCCACACACACACACGCACAUUCACGCAGCGCCAGACGCGUUUGCAAAUAGUCCGCCUGCCGCUUCCAGCGCUACUUUUCUUUCCAGAAGACGCAGAGGAAAACCUGUUGGAUGUUACUAAAAGCAUUUUGCUGCUGUUGUGCGGAGUUGACAAAAGUAUAACUACUUUUCAUGUUUUUUCCGCGCUCUCUUCAGUGACAUCUAAUGUGACAGCUUUUUUUGGGGGGAUCUUCUUCUCAAUUCAACAAUCUCGGAGUUUAUGGGUGAAUAAACUGGUUAAUUGCAUACCACAUUUCCGAACCGUGAAGUUGGAUUAAAAUCAGAGUUUGAUGGGCAAAAUGAAUAAUUCCGUGAAAUAACUCCGGACCAAAAGAUUUCAAGUGAUAAUCGUAGUGCAGCUUCUCCACUUGCGGUACGAAGAUGUAUCAGAGUGUGUGUGUGCCGGCGGCACUGCUAACACUCCUGGUGCUCACACUUGAGUUGCCUGUGGGCCAGGCCUGUCCUAGGAGCUGUAACUGCUACCAGGCCAGCGAAGUCCACUGCACCUUUCGUUCUCUGCUCACCAUACCUCCUGGGCUGCCUGCACACACACGUCGCAUAAACCUAGGGUUCAACAGCAUCAGCGGGAUCCAUGAUAGUUCUCUGACUGGGUUAAAGAAGGUGGAGCUUCUGAUGCUCCACAGCAAUGACCUCCACCAUCUUCCAGAUGCAGUGUUCAGAGAUAUGAAAUCACUACAGAUAUUAAAGCUGAGCUAUAACAAGCUAAGAGAGAUCUCUUCAUCUCUGACCUUCUCUGGCCUGACCUCACUGCUGCGUUUGUACUUGGAUCACAACCUCCUCCAGCACAUCCACCCCCGGGCCCUGCUCCAGCUGCCUAGCCUCAGGCUGCUCCGUCUGCAAGGGAACAGGCUGCAUCAGCUGCACCCUCACACUCUGUGCACACUGUCCCUCCUGAAUACAUAUUAUUUCUCUUCACUCAGACACCUAGACCUGUCCAACAACAGUCUAACAACUCUGCCCAGAGAGACCUUAGUGACAGCGCCCCUGCUGGAGACUCUUGUGCUGCAGGAUAAUCCAUGGAGUUGUGACUGUAGGAUGAGCUGGUUUCUCGCUUGGAGUCUUGCUCAUCCAGGUUUAAUGAAAUGUCCCGGUGGCCCUCAGUGUCCAGUCUGUGGCUCACCCAGUUCCCUUCAAGGACAGGGCUUGCUUGAGCAGACUGACCUAUCGUGCACCUCACCUGUCAUCCCAUCCCCAGAAAGAGACACACCUUUGGAGCCAGAAAUCAGUGAAAUCCAAUCAAGUGAAUCCUUCAGAGAGCCUUUGGGCUCUGCCUCUCUGGGUCUGUCUGACCAACAGGGGAACAGUGUUGAUCUGAGUUGCAACAUCACUCACUCUUCUGAGUCCCAGGAUAUUACUCCUCCACCAGAUCUCUCCCUCUCCUCUUCUUCUCCUCUCCCGCUUGCCCUGUCACUUUCCCUGGAGUGCCCUGUGGAGAGACAGAGCUAUGAGAAACUUUGGAGGAUCCUUGCUUACUACAGUGAGACUGCGGUUCGCCUGGAGAGGGAGAUUAUGCUGAGUAAACCCCCAGCAUUGGCCUACCGCUACAGGCAGGCAGCAGAGACAGAUGGAUAUUAUCAUACUGGAGUCAAAGCUUCUGUUAAAGCCAGACCACAAUGGUUGCUACAGCCAGCCAUUAGCAUUCAGCUAAACAGAGCGCAAUCUAAUGGACACAAAGUUCAACUGAUAUACUCAACAAGAGUUACUGCUCAUCCUGACCCUGCCUCUCAUCCCUCAACAUCUUCCCCUAUCUCUCACCCAUGGGUGCUGAUUUCAACAAAUCACACCACCACGGCGCUUGCAGCAGCAGCAGGCAGUAAGGUGGAGCUACCCUGCCCUCUUCUAAGUUCUGGUAAACCCACAGUACAGUGGAUCCUCCCAGAUGGAUCCAUGCUCAUCUCCCCCUACAGCAGCCCAAAUGGUAAGCUAAGGGCCUCAGCCUCUGGUUUACUUCUACAGAAAUUGCAGCUCUCAGAUGCUGGGAUCUACUACUGUGUAGCCCGAGCAGGCAAAGAUGUAGAUGUUCUCCCCCUGCGCCUGGCAGUGGAGGAAUCCUCUGUUCCACCUUCAGGAGAGCAAGUGGGACCUCCUGUCACUGGAACAGUUGGACAGCCCAUCAGUCUGUCCUGCAAGGCCUCUGGUUCACCAGUGCCUUAUAUGAGUUGGGUGUUACCAGAUGGAAACAUAGUACACCGGGGAUUAGCUGUAUCAGGUGGGCUCAAUAUACAUGCAAAUGGGAGUCUCUCUCUGUCUAACCCUUCUCAGCGGGAUUCUGGUCAUUACCGCUGUAUUGUGGUGAACCAGUAUGGUAGUGACUCCCUGUCCAUGCAGCUAGAAUUAAAUUCACGACAUCCCCCGCCACUUAGGACUUCAUUUCCCAGAGGGCCACAGUCAGCCGCUGGUAGAUCAACAAAGAUACGGGCUCCAUUACUAAAUCAGGGGGAGGAAGGAUCGGGGGAUGAAGAGGAAGAAGAAGAGAGAAUUAUUAUUGGCAAUAGGAAGCGUCUAAGACCUCUCCAACCUUCCCCAAGCAGACGUUAUCCAAUCGGAAAACCCAGAAGACGUGGGCCUAUCAGAGAAGGCCCCUUGAGAAGAGGAGGAGGGCCUGUAUCAUCCACUAACCAGAGAAGAAACCGCUUUGAGAACAGACACAGAGUUACCACAAACAAACAAAGGAUAGACCCUCAGAAAUGGGCUGACCUCCUGGCUAAAAUACGGCAAAAGACUGCUCACACUAAUAACAGCCAGCCCAUCGCACCAGGAAAGCCCACAGUUAAACCAGUGGGAAGAGGCAAAGGUGGAGCUGAAGGAACACAUGAGGGGGAGGAAACUGAAGGGUCAUCAAUUGAUGAUGCUGAUCUACAAGUAGAAGGCUUACAACCCAUUCAUCCUGUUCUCACUGAAAUGCAAACACAAACAGAGACAGAAAUAGACACUGAAACAGACACAGAGAUAAUGAAAGGGACAGUGAGGUCAACAGAAACACCGACCGAGAUAGAGAAUAAGACAGAUACACACAUACAGACAGAUGAAGCAGGUCCACAGACAGAGACAGGGACAAAACCAGAGACAUGGAAAGAACUAGUCACAUCUAGGCCAAUCUCAGGAAUAAAUGAAAUUGUACCAGAACCACCCAAAGGAGACGAGCGAGUAGCAAACCCCAACCCAUCUAGAAUUAGGCCUCAGAAACCCCAGCAGGGACUCUUCCCAAAUUUGGUUCCAAACUCCCGGCCUCAAAGCCCUUGGAACUCUCGCAGGAGAAUCGGACAGCGAAGACGAAUCAUCAACAGGCCCAGGGAGCGACCUUUGACCCCACCACUACCUCUCCCUGACCCUAUAAACCCCAGGUCACAAACUGCAACACCUGACUCUACCACAGACCAAAGUGAUAUGUUGUUGCUGGCGUCAACAACAGCACCUCCAGCUAUUUUAUUGACACAGAGUGACCAUAUUAGGAGUGGUUUGGCACAAAAUCAUCUGUCUCCCCCUGUUUCUAACACUCCUGGUGUCUCCACUUCAAAAUCUGCCUCCCCCCCAUUGACUCCCUCUUCCUCCUCUCUCACCUCAUUAUCCCCCUCUCACACGAAAACACAUAUAGACAUGAUGACUCACUCAGCCAACAUCCCAGACACUGCAGAGUCCACUCUCUUCAACACACCGACACUGGCACCCACUCAGUCUGAUAUUGCGAUCGCACAGACACAUGUGCCAGACACACACACCAGGACACAUGCACAAGGCAUACAGACACACACAAAAACACACACAGCCUUAGGCAAACAUGUUGAUAGACCCCCAAGAAAACACAGUGAAGAUCUGGAGAGGAAAUUGUUGGUUGUACCAUAUGUGUCCCUUUCCUCCACCUCUCUCUCGCCCUCCUCCAUUGCUGCCUCCACAGUCCCCAGUACAACUGCCACCACUACUGCAAAAAUCACAACUACUUCAGCUACUUUCAAGAACCCCCAUUUUGCUAGUUCUGCUGAAAGCAGUACAAGUACAUCUACUACUACGGUUAGUGAGGACACACUUGCAACAACAACAACAACAAUUACUCCCAUGACUACAAGUUCUAUCAUGCCUACUACAACUACCAUUAUUAUUCCAACAUCUAGCACUACCAGAAGUACUAUAACUACUCUUACCUCUACUACUACUACCACAACUCCUAUUAUUACUUCUACUAUUCCCACUACCACUAUUACGUCUUCAACUAGCCCUUCUACUACUUUUACUACUACUGCUGCUGCUACUAGUAUGACAAUCUUAUUCAAAGCUAUUCCCACAACUCCUAACCCCACUACUACUACUACUGCUACAACUACUAAAACUACUACUCCUACUACUAGCACUACAAUUACCAUCUCAGCCAAAACAUCUCCAACCACUAAAAGGGCAGCUACAUCCAGUGCACCUUCUACAACUACAACAAUGACAUCAAUAAGUACCACAGUAUUAUCUAGGGAGAGGCCAAGCAUUGGUCAAGUUGACCCCAGAGGGAGGCCUGUUUCUGGAACUCCAAACCAGAGUCGAUCCCCUACUGACUGGAAGAACCCUGGAGCUAAUUCUAUUCCCGAUUCACACAGCAGCAGGCCAAAAAGGCCUCCCUCCCCUUCGCUCCCUGCUGCCCCUGUGGCCCCAGUUGUAAGAUCCAGACCGAGGAUUGCAGACCCACACAUCAGGACAGUGUCGUUCCCCGCAGAAAGCACAGCCAGGCUGGCUUGUGAAGCUCAAGGAGAGCCGAAGCCCUCCAUUACAUGGACCAAGGUUGCCACAGGAGCAGUGAUGUCAAUCCACUCCAGGGCUCAGCGUUUUGAGGUCUUGCCAAAUGGCACCCUUGUUAUCCAGAAUGUUCAGCUGCAGGACAGGGGCACAUACAUCUGCAGUGCACACAGCUUUCUGGGUCGCGACAGAUUACUAACAACCCUGGAAGUGUGGACCCGCCCUCCUCGGAUGCAGCUGGCUAGCUACAGAGAAGCUACCAUUCAUCAGGGUGGAGAUGUGCACUUGGAGUGCCAGGCGGAUGGCGUUCCCACCCCUCUGCUCUCUUGGGUUCUUCCAGAUCGUUCUGUCCUGACCUCCUCUGCCGUCUCCACCAGUCGCAUAAAUAUGGACACAAAUGGAACCCUCCAUAUCUCGGUAACUUUACCGAGUGACAGAGGAGUGUAUCGCUGCGUGGCCUCCAACUCAGCAGGUGCUGCCAGUGCUUCUGUGCGUGUACAUGUGUCCUCAUUGCCCCCGGUAAUACAGCAACCCAGAGAGGAACACCUGCUCUUGUCUCCAGGGAUGCCUGUUUAUGCUCACUGCUCUGCCCGAGGUGCCCCACCACCAACUCUGCGCUGGAGAAUCCCAGAUGGAAUUCUGGUUCGUCCAUCACAGUUUCUCCAUGGCAACCUUUUUGUCUUGCCCAAUGGGACGCUGCAUAUUCGAAAAGUUGGGCCUAAGGACUCAGGGAAUUACGAGUGUACAGCAAGUAAUGCUGUUGGAGCCAGUAAGAGGACAGUGAGGGUAGAAAUUGAAGGGGGGGCUGAAGGAGGAAGAAGAGAGGGAGGAGCAAGAAAUGAAGGGGCAAAAGCUGUUGCUACUGCAAAACCAUCUCCUUCAUCUUCACUCCAUAAAGACAAAACUUUGUCCAUCCCCAGGCAUUCCUCAAAUCCACUGAACUCCUCUAGACUCUCCCCUCCAUCGCCCUUUGAUAGAUCCAGAACCUUGCCGCUCAACCCCAGCUCUUCUCACUCAUCUUCUUACCCUCACCAACCCGAUUCCACUAAUUCACCUUCUAAAAUCGAUAAAACAGUCACUGCCUCCCCCACACACUUGACCAAGAUCAGUAAAACCAUACCCUCCCCUCUCUCCCCACCCUCCACAGUGCCUACAAAUAACACCAAAGUAUUACCCGGCAUCGUAAACAACACAAGAGUUACAUCAUCUUCCAACUCUGACAAAAGCAGAAUCUCAGCUGUUUUGCAUCCGUUGCCAGUCUCCCCUUUCAGUAAAGCCCGUAUUGUCUCUACAUCAUCCUCCAUCACUGCUGUCCACUAUGGGGGGGGUUUGCAGCUCCACUGCUCUGUAACUGGCAACCCAUCACCCAUCAUCAUUUGGAGGACUCCCAGCAGGAAACUGGUGGACAUGCACUUCAGUUUUGACCGACGUCUGAAGGUGUAUCCUAAUGGCACCCUGUCAGUCCAGGCAGUAACAGAGAAGGAUGCUGGAGACUACCUCUGUAUCGCACGCAACAAGGUCGCAGAUGAUUACCGCCUCCUGCGCGUCUCUGUGGCUACCAAACCUGCCAAGAUUGAGCCCAAGCAGCCACUCAAUCAAAUGGUGUUGUUUGGAAAACCACUAAAGGUUGACUGCCAGGCAUCAGGACUGCCUGACCCAUCUGUCCAUUGGAGCCUGCCAGAUGGAACCAUGGUGAACAGCGUGUUGCAGGGGGAAGACAGAGGAGGGCGAGCACGAAGGCUGACUGUGUUUGACAAUGGGACAUUACUGGUUCCAGCAGUGGGCAUGGGAGAAGAAGGAGAGUAUACGUGUUAUGCUGAGAAUCAAGGAGGUCAAGACACCAUGAAGGUCAAAGUAAAAGUUAUGAUGACAUCUCCACCAACAUUCAGUGAUGACAGAAGCUACCACAUCAUCAAAGUACGUCAGGGGGCAACCGUCAAAAUUCGCUGCCAGGCUACAGGAGACCCUGCCCCCACAGUGACAUGGUUUUCCCCUACACGUCGCGUGAUCCCACAAAGUUUCGGGUCUGGAUUUUAUUCUGAACGAGUUGUUGUGGUUUUGGGUGGAACCCUGGAGGUGCGCCUGGCUCAAACGACUGACACAGGAAACUAUACAUGCCGAGCGAGCAACUCAGUCGGUGAGAGGAGCAUGGUGGUGGGUCUGGAGGUGGAGGCGCCUUACUAUGGACUCGGUCGCCAGGUGGGUGGAAGAGGUUGGAGUAUUAGCAAUGGGCCCGGAAAUGGUCAUAGCAGUAGAUCAGGGGACAACAUUAAUAAUGCUGGUAUAAUCCAGUAUGGAUCUACAAAUGGAGUCACAAGCAAGCUUGGUAGCAAUAUCAGCAGCAAUAAUGGCUAUAGUGAUAAUAAUGGCAGGCUAAGAAACAUUGUACCAAACACUGGCAUCAACACAGCAACCAGUGGCUUAAAUCCUGCCCUUAGGAGCGAUAGUCGACAUGGAUUCAACAGGCCUGUCAGUGGAAUUACACCACAGCUCGGUAGCAGUGUAAUCAGUGUCGGGGUGGGUAGGAAUAUAGCAGAUAACAUUGGUAUAAAUCGAAACGGACCUGGCAUUAUGAGUAGUAAUAGUGUGGGUAACAGUCACAGCACAGUUAGAGGAGAUAGUGUAGAAAGGAAUCCUGGGACUACUAAUAAUGAAGUCAUUGCAGGAAAGGCUAAUAAUGAUGCUAACACCAGCAGAGAAAGGAUAAGUGGUAUUUCUAGAAAUGUUGGAAUUGUUAGCAGCAGUGUGUCUAAUAAUGGAGCUGCUACUGGCACACUCAGAGGAAAUGGGUUUAGUAGGAGUAGCGAUAUAAGAGUGACCAAUGAGAACAGCAGGAAUAGAGGUGGUUCAAGUGGUACUAGUGUAGGUGGUGUUGGUGCUAAAAACUCUACUAACACAGCUGUGGGUGUGGUAACGGCAGUGAAGCAAUUUGCAGUGAAAGGCCAAACUGUUCUUUUGCCAUGCCCCUCCCAAGGCUCCCCUCCCCCUCGUCUGUCCUGGCUUCUGCCUGGUAAUGGUGUGUUGCCAGCUCCUUACUAUGGCAGCCGACUCACUGUGCACCGAAAUGGCUCCUUGGAGCUGCGAGGCGUGCGGGUGAGUGAUGGAGGGACCUUGGUUUGUGUGGUUAGAGGAGACAGAGGAGAGACCAGACUACAAGUAAAGCUUGAGGUCUCUGAGCCACAGGAGGAGGCCAGAUCUCCACAAAGGGGACCGGCUGUGGAACGACCUGUGCAGGAAAGUGCUGGUUUAUUUGAGGCGCCUCACUCAGGAUCUUCUUUGGAUUCAGCUCAGUUGUUAGGUUUAAGGCCAGUCUUGCCUGAAAGGCCUCAUCCAAGAAUCCCAGUGACUCAAAAACCUUUGCACAGAGGCCUAUCUUCACCAGCUGAACCUCAGCCAGUUGAUCCUCCACCCCGCUCAACUGGCCCUGUCUCAGAGCCGGUUGUGAGCACAAGAACAGCUCCCUUGGUGAGCAUCAUUAAUGGAGAGACCCUUCGCCUGCCAUGCGUUGCUUCCAAAACCCAUGGACAUACCCAGGGCUCCCUGUCAUGGGCCAUGCCCGGUGGCAAGGUACUGUCCAGAGGUGAGAGUGGUGACUCUGGCCGAUACCUAGUCCAAGAGGAUGGAAUGCUAACAGUGCAACAAGCCUCCGUGUUUGACCGUGGCACCUACACCUGCAGAUCCACCAGUUACGACUCCUCUUCAGUUUCUGUCAUCACGGUUCCCGUCAUUGUCAUCGCCUACCCCCCACGCAUCACAACUGGUCCCUCCCCUGUGACCUACACACGCCCUGGGGUUGCUGUGGAACUGCCAUGCCUGACCAUAGCAACACCCCGGGCAACGGUUACCUGGGAAACACCAGACCUAACACAGCUGAGAGUGAUGGGUCAGGCUCGUCUCUAUGGCAACCGCUACCUUAGUCCUCAGGGUUCCUUGGUGAUACAGAACCCGACAAGUAGGGAUACAGGAUUUUACAGAUGCACCGCAAAAAAUGUAAUAGGAGUGGACACCAAGGCGACCUACCUGCACGUUAUAUAAUGGGGUGAAGCAAACACACAUUCACACACACGCACACACACAAAAAUACAAACUUGCAUCAGAGAAACAGAGACACCAGUCUGUACUGGUGAAUGAACUCCUCUGCUGAUAACACUACGUGUCCCACAUGCCCAAAGGAACUGCAAGGCUCCGUGCAGGAGAUACUGUUGAAUCUCAGAAAAGACACUACUAAUAUGCAGGUAUAUGUCUCAUGUAUGUAUUUUUAAUUUGUUUUUGUAAAAACUUUUUCUAUACUGUAAUGUAUUCAUACCAGGAGUGACAAGACUCUGUGCAGACACAGUGUCAUGCAUAAACAAAUAAUUUGUGUUUAAGCAGUAUUGUUUUAUGUAGCUGGUGGUGCACUCCUGUUUUCUGUCUCAAUGGAUUAAGACCCAUAUUAAAGCGAUGAGUGAAGAAGUCAAAUAAAAUGUGCAGCAUAUUGCACAUGGGUACAAAUGCUCCCCACAGCUGUAGUGUGGACUGUUUCAUGGGAUGUUUUUGCAACACUGGUUACACCUGUCACUCCAAAAACAUGAUUUUGUGGAAGAAAACCCACAACUUUUGAGUUUUUUUCCACGAAGGAAGCAUUAUAUGAUCAUACUUCCAACUAAAACAAUUUUAAACUGCUAAAAACACAAAAAACCCAGAAACAAAAUAUGUUGGUGAUGCUGAAAACAAGCAUGCUUUACUUGGCUUGACUGCUUGAUGUCAUUACUUUAUGCAUUCAUCCACUAACACUGAACAGUAUUUUACGAACUUGGUCACAGAGUAUUGUAGAUGCAACACAGCAUCACACAAAGAGGCUGUUGUACUUCACAGCUGUCGACGGGCACCUUCAUUUUAAAAUUUUGCAAAUUGGGACUUCUAUUACAAAAAUACUAUGCUUAGUAUAUGUUUUGCAUUUUUUCUAUUACCAAAAUGUUGGAUUUUGUUAUUGUGGUGCCUAUGUAGCAAAUAGUAACUUAUAUUAGCAGCCUUUUUUUUUAAUUGUGCUGCCUACAUGUUACAUUAAAUCUCUAACAGACAUUAGGAUCAGCAUUAUGAUCCACCCAAACACCAGCUUCUUCUUCAGGACUUUUUUUAACCUGUUUACUCUUCUGACCUUUUUGUGGGUUUCAGUCCUUGACAAAUAUUGUUAUACCACCAACGACUGUAUCUCACAUUCUCACGGCAUUACUGGGGCAGAAUGAGAUACGGUGCAAAGCAUUCAUGAAAACACAAUAGUCAAUUCUUUGAAGAGUGAUCUUCAUGAUUAUUUUGAUAUUAAAGAUUGUAUAAAUAUGCGUGUGGUUCACAAGCCUGCCCAAAGCUUGUGCACAAAGCCAGCGCCUCAUAGUUUCCCUUCUUCUUCUUUGAUGUGUUCCUUUUGUCCUUAAAUUAUUUGUCUUGUAAAGAUUCUGUUGUAAGACGCCAGUGUUCUGUCGUAAAGGGAGAAAUUAUGAAUUAUUAUUAUGUAUGUUUGAUGUCUCACUAGUCACAAUGAAUGCUUGCUAUAUUUUCAACAGCUUCAUUUUAUAAAUAAAAGUGGAAAAGAAAUAAAAAGUGUUUAUGAAAUGUCAACAUCUGAUGCACAGUUGAGUUCAGAUAUAUGGCAAAAAAUUAGUGUGUGCUUGCGUGAGUUUGUAUAGAGUCAGAGUGGGAAAAGAAAACACCUAGUGGGAGUGCAAGGGCGAGAAAGGACUUUGAGUAUACUUGAGUAUAUUGUGAGAACAAAAACUCUUUAUCCCCAGCUCAGCUGUCAAACCAGGAAAUGGGGUCUUAACUGUAGAUGAGACACAUGUUGAUGACAUCAUAUUCCUCUCUCUGGGAAAUGCAAUAAAACUCACAGCAGCCUGCUGAGCAACUCCAUGCACCACCCUGCGCUCACACCUGCCAAAUGCUGUUUACAAUGUGUAUUCUAUGAGUCCACUAAAUACUAAUCCUUUAAAUUAUACAUUAUAAGUAUAAGCAGUGUACUGUGAUGAUGGACUAUUUUGUCCAUGAGUAUGAAAUAUAAUAAUGCUAGCUAUAGUAAAUGAAGAUGAAGUGUGCAACGAUCAACAUCAAGCAAACUAUCGUUGUCAAUCCUAAACCUUGAGAAAUAGCUGGUAAAAAUGCAGCAGCAGGGAUUUUUGACUGAAUGUCUUUGUUUUCUGAGCUGUCAGCAGAGACGUCACACCAUACAAACUGUCAACCACAACUUUUAGACUGUUUUCACUUUUCCGAGCUGUGAAGCGCCUCUACAUUUACGUUCUGCAUUGCAGUGAGGCAAUAGUGUCAAUCUCAAAACUUGAGAAACUUUAGUCUGUGUGAGGGAAUUUCUUACACAUUAUAUUUUAUUUUGUGGUGCGAACAUAUAGCACUGCAUACUCAGAAUUAGAGUAAAAACAUGAAACUAGGACACAUCCCAGGACUAUACUCAGCCAUAAUUGAGGCUAAGACCAGUCACUUGGCUAAGAGUUACUGAAAUGUUAAAAAACAAACAAACCAAAAAUUCAUACGUUGCAGAGCUGGAGCUUAUUGAUGUGAACUUUUCCACAUAUCAAAGGCAGUGCUAAUUAAAAUCAUUGCCAUGCACAACCCCAUUUAUUUGGGCAGUUUAGUCUGGUUUGAGUAACUAGUGGGAAAUGUAUUGCAGAGGAACAGCAGAGUUCUGUCUUGUGCUCGAAUUUUCAUGAGGCCAGUUGUUUUCUGUGAAGGCUUUUCAUGUUUUGAAUUAUCUCUUUUAUAGUGUUGGAGCAUUCCCAUCCAUUGUGGCACAAUGUUUUUAUGGUUCUUCACUUGUGAUCCCUUUCAGCAAAAUAAAUUACCACUAAUCCUUCAUUUUUGUGCAAUUGCAAACUUACAAGCAUGUAACUAACUAAUAAAGACACUCACAUGGGCAUUUCAUUUUGCAUCAACUUCACUUUCACUUCAGCCCCUGAGAUAAAGAGUUUGCAGAACGGGUGAAAUGGUUGGAAUGGACUGGCUGCAAAUAAGCAUGCAUCACCUCCCAGAGCAGCAACAACAAUAUCAACAUUACACAAACCUUCUGAAAAAGUAAAUCAACUACAAUAACAGCAGAUGUCAUCAAAGCUUUCAUUUACACUAAUGAUGAACAGUCCAGCAAUAGUACAUCAACCCUGUCACUGCCAGGAUUACUAAUACCAUAAUUUAUGAUAAAUAAUGUUAGAAUACAUUGAAGUGUGUGACUAGAGUCCUUUUCAUGUAUUUUAUUUUUGUUUUCCAACGCUCCAGAGACAUUAUUAAUAAAUCACUCCUACUCUA